UUUGAGGGAAAAUGAUCCAUUGUGCUUCUUUUCGUCCCGCUGUGCUGAUGAAGUCAAAGGUUGCUGGUAAUUCAAUCCCAAUUCAAUUCCUGCUCAUUUCAGAAAGGCUUGAGGAAAUCUGCCAACACAAUGAAAAGAUCCUAAAUAAAGAGCCUCUGUCACCAACAUGAGCUGGAGCUUUCUCACUCGACUCUUGGAGGAAAUCCACAACCACUCCACAUUUGUGGGGAAGGUCUGGCUGACGGUCUUGAUCAUCUUCCGGAUCGUUCUGACCGCAGUCGGGGGUGAGUCGAUCUACUCGGAUGAGCAGACAAAGUUCACCUGCAACACAAAGCAGCCCGGCUGUGACAACGUCUGCUACGACUCCUUCGCACCACUCUCACACGUCCGCUUCUGGGUCUUCCAGAUAAUCAUGAUUUCCACUCCCUCUGUCAUGUAUCUGGGUUAUGCCAUUCAUAAAAUCGCCAAAACCUCAGAGGAGGAACGACACAAGAACCAGAUUUACCAGAAGAGGAGGCACCACAGUCGCUGGAGAAAUGGACACCAUCUAGAAGAUGCUUUAGAGGAAGAAGAUGAGGACGCAGAGCCAAUGAUCUACGAAGAAGAUGCACGAGAGAUCAAAGCAGAGACCAUCCAAGAUCCCCUAAAACACGAUGGCCGCCGUAGGAUCAUGCAAGAAGGCUUGAUGAGGAUGUAUGUGCUUCAGCUGUUAUCCCGUGCCAUCUUCGAGGUAGGAUUCCUGACGGGUCAGUAUCUCCUCUACGGCUUCCGUGUCAACCCUUCGUACGUCUGCAACAAAAUCCCAUGCCCACACAGGGUGGACUGCUUUGUUUCUCGACCCACCGAGAAGACCAUCUUUUUGCUUAUCAUGUAUGUGGUGAGCUGUCUAUGUCUGCUGCUCAAUAUUUGCGAGAUGUUUCACUUGGGGAUCGGUGCCUUUCGGGACACUCUUCGCAAACGUCGAAACCAGAAUCAGCGACCUUCCUAUGGCUACCCUUACUCCAGGAAUAUUUCCAGCUCUCCUCCAGGAUACAACUUAGUUGUUAAAUCCGACAAACCCGGUCGCAUUCCCAACAGCAUCAUCUUGCCUGAUCAGAACAUGGAUAGAGAGAUACCAGAACAACACUGCACAAGUCCUGAUGAGAAUAUCCCCACUGACCUGGCAACCCUGCACCACCAUUUACGAGUAGCUCAGGAGCAGCUUGAUAUGGCAUUUCAGACGUACAACACAAAAAACACUCAUAUUUCAAGAGCCAGUAGCCCUGUUUCUGGUGGCACAACGACAGAGCAGAACCGCAUCAACAUGGCUCAGGAGAAACAGGGUGCUCGGCCCAAAGCAAGCACCGAGAGGGCCGGGACAAUAGUAAAAAAUGGAAAAACAUCAGUUUGGAUUUAAUAGAAAACUCUUCUUACCUGACUAGUUAUUUUUCCUUAGAAAACAUAUUGCAAACUAUGUUCAGCAAAGACAUGAUUAAGCAUCAUGUUCCUUGGGUUCUGUUGAAACAUCUCCAAAAAUGAAAAACAAAUAAACUGUAGACGGGUAGUGAUCAUUUCUGAAGCAUUCUUUGCAUUGUGUCUCAGAAUAACCGUUAACAUGCUUCAUGUUGCAUAUCUUAAGUGUUGCUUUUCUUUCUAAUUUAAAAGGGCAAAUCUGUUUCAGAAAUCAGUCCUUUAUUGUAUCAUUGUCUUAAUUUAGUGUAUAAAGCAAUCUUUAUGUAUUUACUCCAUUCUAUCAGUCCCUGAUACACAUGAUCUGAUCUUUAUGUUCCCCUAGUGUUAUUAGACUGUGGCUCUGUUCCAAACCCAAGCGAGCUACCCGUCUAACCCUAUUCAAAAUACAUGCACACAGUAAGAUUAGGCUGGAUUAUUUAUUACAUUUCUCAUUUGGUGUGAUGCAGCUUUGCAUGUAUACUCUAUUGAGCAAUGCACUGUGAUGAAAAUUUCAUCAAAGACGAUGGAAGAGAGUUGCAAAAAACUCAAGCAUCGGUAUAAUUUUGUAUAAAUAUUAUUUAAGAAAAACUUUAUAG